AUGGAAUAUCUUGAAAAAUUAAAAGUUUAUGGUGAUCAAGUUAAAAAUGUUGUUGUUAAAUCUGUUGUUGAUACAGCAUGUGGUGGACAAAAAAUGCUUAAAGAUGUUUUACCAGGAAAUUUAGUUACACGUGAAUAUGAAUUAAUUCGACCACUUGGUUCUGCUGGGCCUGGUCUUCUCUGGCGUAUUUACGGAGCUAUUAAACAUUCAACAAAACAGGAAGCUGCUGUAUUCGUUUUGGAAAAACGUUUAUUAGAUAAAUAUGCGAAAAAAGAUCGUGAAUUAAUUAUUGAUGCAAUGAAAAAAGGUGUACAACAAUUAGCAAAAAUAAAACAUCCACGUAUUUUAAGUCUUCAACAUCCACUUGAAGAAUCAAGAGAUAGUCUUGCAUUUGCAACUGAAUCAUGUUUUGGUAGUCUUGCUAAUUGUCUUGGAUUUUAUGAUAAUGUAACUCAACCAAUACCAAAAGAAUUUGAAGAUUAUAAACUUUAUGAUGUUGAAAUUCGUUAUGGAAUUAUUCAACUUUGUGAUGGUUUAGCAUUUUUACAUAAUGAAGUUAAAUUAUUUCAUCGAAAUCUUUGUCCAGAAUCUAUAAUAAUUAAUUCUAAUGGUGCAUGGAAAUUAUCUGGAUUUGAAUUAUGUAUUCAAGGUUCAGUUGAUGGAGCAACUUAUCCAUUUCGUGAAUAUGAUGGAAAUAUUCCAUCAAUAAUAAAUCCACGUCUUGAUUAUAUGGCACCAGAAUAUCAUACACGGAAAUGUUUUGAUACACAAUCUGAUAUGUUUUCAUUAGGUAUGCUUAUAUAUGCAUUAUAUAAUCAUGGUAAAACAUUACAUGAAUGUCAUGAUAAUUAUACAUUAUUUAUUAAAAUGUGUGAUGAUCUUAAAUCACUUAAUACAACAAAAUUAUCUAUUUUACCAUUAGAAGUUCGUGAUCAUGUUAAAAUGUUAUUGAGUUUAAAACCAGAAUUAAGACCUGAUGCUGGACAAUUUACAAAAAUACCUUUUUUUGAAGAUGUAGGAACAAAAACUUUAGAAUAUCUUGAUUCAUUAUUUCAAGUUGAUAAUCUUCAACGUUCAAUGUUUUAUAAAAGUCUACCACAAGUUAUUGAUAAAUUACCAAUGCGUGUUAAUUUACAACGUAUUGCUUCAGCACUUGAAAUGGAAUUUAUAAAUCCUGAAAUGGUACCAUUUGUUCUUCCAAAUAUGUUUCUUAUUGCUGAAAAAGCAAGUAAUGAAGAAUAUCAAAAAUAUAUUUUUCCUAAACUUAAACAAGUUUUUAAAAUUCAAAAACCACCUCAGGGAAGUGGUACAUCAGGUUGUUUUAUGCAGACACUUCUUAUAUUAAUGCGUAAUAUGAAUUUAAUGCUAACAAAAACACCACCAGAAGAUAUAAAACAACAUAUUUUACCUGUUGUUUAUAAUGCAUUAGAUGCUGAAUCAUCACAAGUUCAAGAACUUUGUUUAGCAAUAAUUCCAUCAUUUGCACAUUUAAUUGAUUUACAAGCAAUGAAAUAUUGUAUAUUACCACGUAUAAAAAAGAUUUGUUUUGAGACAAUAACAUUAAGUGUACGUGUUAAUAGUUUAAUAUGUCUUGGAAAAUUAGUUGAAUCAUUAGAUAAAUGGAUUAUUAUUGAUGAAGUAAUACCAUUACUUCAAUCUAUACCAUCUCGUGAACCAGCUGUUCUUAUGGCUAUAUUAGGAAUUAUAAAAGUUGCUAUGUCAUCAUCAAAAUCUGGUGGUUUACCACGUGAAAUUCUAGCUACAAGAGUUAUACCAUUUUUAGUACCAAUUUCAAUUGAAACAAGUCUUAAUCUUAAUCAAUUCAAUGCUUAUAUGUCAACAAUUAAAGAUAUGUUACAAACAGUUGAAAUCGAACAACGUAAAAAACUUGAACAACUUUCUCAACAAGCUGCAAAUGCGCCAAUUGUGCCUAUUGGUCCUUCAACAACUGAUAUUCAUUUUGAUCAAAAAUCAUCAUCGAUGAUUGAUCAAUUUAUGGUUGGACAUGGUUUUAAUUCUGAAAUAGCUCAAAAUAAAAAUAUGGCAGCUAGUUUUGAUACUAAUUUAACAUUUGAUAAUUCAAAAUCACAACAAAUAUCAUCGAAUCAAUUAACUAUAUCAGAAAAUUCUCUAGGAAAAAAAACAUUAACAUUAGAAGAAAAAGAACGAAUGAUGCGUGAGAAUGAUCAAACACAACGUAUGAAAUCUCAAGGUGAACUUAUACCUGAACGUAAAACACCAAUAUCAUCAUCAUCAAAUAUUCCACUUAUGGCUAUGACUCCAAUAUCAGCAACAACAACAACAUCGAAUUCAUCAUCAGCAUAUUAUAAAGAUUUAACAAAUACUCUAUUCGAACAAAAUUCAUCACAACCAUCUUAUAGUAUGUCUACUUCUCAAACAAUGCCAUCUCUUCUACGUCCAACUAUUAAUAAUUCACCAUCUAUAAUGCAACAACAACAACAACUAAAACGGCCUACAUUGAAUUUUUCUUCACCAUCAUCGAAUACUACUGAUUUAACAUCGAGUCUUAUGAACAAUAUUAAUUUUCUUGCUUCUCGACAACAAACUAGUCCAACAACAAUAUCAUUGAAUUCAAUGAAUUCUAAUAUUAAUUCAUUAAUAUCUCCAUCUCAAAAUAAUUCAGGAACACUAAGUAGUGGUAUGAAAUUAUUUCAACCACCACCACCACCAUCUAGUUCGAUUGUAGUUAAAAAUACAAAUGUAACAAGUUCAAAAACAGCAGCUGCUGAACUUGAUGAUCUCUUUAAUUAA